ACAAAGAAUCGAAGGGAUAGGGAUGGAUAUUUACGGCUUUAAACCGGAGAAAAUAAAAAGGGAUUGUGUUUAUUAGAGAAGAGAGGAGAGGAGAGGAGAUCGAGAGAAAAUGGGAGAUUAUCAUUUUGUGUACAAGGAUGUAGAAGGAGCUUCUACACAAUGGGAUGAUAUACAGAGAAAGCUUGGAAACUUGCCAGAAAAACCACCUGCUUUUAAGCCACCGCCUUUCACUCCAGCUUCUGAUCAAGAUUCUAUCCCUAAAGACAAAUCCUUUAUUGAUUCCAAAACUGAAGAGGAACUUGAGUUCCUUGAAGAUGAUCUCGAUCUCGAUGACGACCGCUUCCUCCAAGAAUACAGGAAGAAGAGAUUGACAGAAAUGAGGGAGGCUACAAAGAUUGUGAGGUUUGGAUCAGUGGUGCCGAUAUCGGGUUCGGAUUUUGUGAGGGAAGUGUCGCAGGCAGGUCCGGAUGUUUGGGUUGUGGUGCUUUUGUAUAAGGAUGGGUAUGCGGAAUGUGGUGUGCUUAUGAAAUGUUUGGAAGAAUUGGCAGUGAAAUAUCCAGGGACAAAGUUUGUUAAGAUUGUAUCUACUGAUUGUAUACCGAAUUAUCCUGAUCAUCAUCUUCCUACUUUAUUGGUUUAUAAUAAUGGUGCUGUGAAAGCUAACUAUGCCGGAUUAAGGAGUUUUGGACGGAGAUGCACACCUGAAGGUGUUGCCUUAGUUCUCUGCCAAUCAGAUCCUGUACUAAAUGAUGGUCAGGGUGGAACUGAUAGAUCAAGAGAUUCUGUGAUUGAAGGAGUUCGGAGGAAGCUCAUUGAGAAGGUUGUGAAGGAGCAUGAAGAUGAUGAUGGAUCAUCAAGUGAUUAGGACUUUUAGCUUUUCCUCCCCCCUCCUCUUUUGUGUUUCUGCGAGGGAGAGAAAGAAAGUUGUGUUGUAUGCAAGCAGUGUAACUUCUUUACUUUUUGGAUAUUUGUUGUUUCACAAUCAAGUUUGUUGGUUUGUCAGUCUUCUGAAACCAAGAUGUGUUGAUAUUGAAAAUUUUAGUUUGAAGAUAUUUAUUACUCUGUAAGAAUUUUGUUUGAAAGUAUUUAUUUAAUUGUCUGCAAUCAAUUUUCAUUCAA